AUGACUAAAAAUGCCAAUAAUGAAAUGGCCACAACAAUAACAACAAUGCUAAAACAACAGAUACAUUGUAAUCAUAAUGAUAACAUAAAAAGCAAAAUAGACAAAAUAUAUCCGAAGAAAUCAAACACACCUCAUUCACUUUCAUCUCAACAACUACAGCGCAACCCGCCGCUCUUUUCAACGCCUCCAACAGCUGCUACUGGUAAUGGAAAUUACAGCAGUGCUAGUUCUACACCACAUUAUUAUACAACUGUUAAUUCUGAUCAAAACAGUAUCAUUGCCUCAAAUAGUCCACAUAAUGCUUAUAAUUCAUCAUAUGAAAAACGCACAAGUAAUAUUGUCAUCACGGGAAAUAAGAAACCACCAUCCUUUGCUAGCGGAAAUAAUGUCAAUCGUCAAAAUAUAACCAACUCCAUAACCUACAAUAAUGGUUCUACGAGUAACAAACCUGCAUUGAUUGCAAUUAACAACGAUACUCGUGGUUCACCAAAUAAUUCCAAUAGUGGUUAUCAAGGUACACGACCUCAUAUUAUAAAUAAACGGGGGGAUAAACAACAGACACCACUUCUAAGUGGUCCUCCUAGUUAUACUGGUAACACUAUUAGUACUCAUCAUACCAUGUCGUCAGAUGCUACAACUGGCAAACCACCAAUAAGAUUAAAUGCUGCCGCUGCUAGUUUCAGACAUAAAUCCAAUAACUCGAUCGAAUAUAGACGAAGUGUGUCGCAACGUAAUUCACCCGGAACAAAUUCCAGCAGCAACGAAAAUAGCAACAACAAUUCACCAAAUAGCAUUUCUGCCGCAUCUACUACACCAAUUACUAAUUGCUUCGUGCCCACUUACAUAGGAAACAAUAGUAACAGUGCUGGUAUGCAUGCAGAUCAACCACAAACAACUCCUACAGCUUCAUUGUAUAUAGCUGCUCGUGGCACGAAUCACAUUCCGCCUCCUCUACCGCAUGGUGGCACAGUUGUUGCCACCACUAGCGGUGCAGCAACUGUGUUAGGUGGUGCAAUGGCACAUCACCAACCGUUGCUAGGUACCUACAAUCCAAAUGCUGGAUCAGGAAUGUACGUUAAGUACGGACAAACUAUUUUUGCACACCCAUCCGUAACGCUGCAAAAUAGUCGCCGAUCUCCAUCAACCGAUCUAAGGCCCCCAAUGGCUCAAAUGACUGGAAUGUAUCCGACUGUAAAUAUGAUGAUACCAGCACAUCCACGUCAUGCGCCAAGUAGACAUCCAAAUCCCAACUACAAAGGGACGCGGCCACGUUAAGCAACAUUCAAAACAAUGAUGCUAUACUAAAAUCUAAAUAAAAAAUUAAUUUAAUAUAUUUACUAGUAACAGCAUAUAAAGCGUAGAUAACAAUAAUUUUAAAUCGCAUAAGAAAACAAUUCUAAGCUAAAAGGUAAAAUAUUACAAAAAUUUAUUAAAAAUAAUAUUUUCCGGGCCAUUUUACAAAGAGACAAAAAGAUGAAAGUGACAAAAUUAUAUUAAUAUUAGUAAACAUAGAAAUUUAACGACAUAAACAAAAACAGGAUCCACAACAGACAACUGAAAAGACAUACAAAGAUAUAUGUAUGAGAAAAAUAAAACAGAGAAACCACUUCUAUCUUUUGUUAUAACUAAAAUGUAUAUAAACGUUUUAAUUCUUCCACUUGACAAUUAGGUCAGAAAAGAAAGUAAAUAUGUCUGUGCCAUAAAAAAAACAAAUAACAAACAACAAAAAACAAAACAAUUAACAAUAGUCAAUACUUAUAAACUCCUUCUGAGUUAACUUUAAAAGACACCAAUAGUACAUGAUUAGCACAUACAGUUUGU